GUCGCUAUAGCAACGGAUGCUUAUUAGCAGCUGUGUGACUUCUUAUUUCCUCUUCCUUGUUGUAGCUAGCCUUGUGUUAUUGACAUGCUAUGGAGGGGUCCGAUACAUACCUCAUACGACCCAAUCACCAGUACAGGUUUAAGCCAGCCAUUGUGAAGGAGUGCAUUCGUGACAUUGUGAGGGACCGACUGUCAGGGAUGAGGUACGACCCAGAGGAAGUCCCAGAGCUGUCCAGUUCACUGGCAGAAAGCAUCAAGGACAAAGUGAAGAAUGCAGGGUUUGACAGAUAUAAGCUUGUUGUGCAAGUGGUAAUUGGUGAACAACGCGGACAAGGAGUCAAAAUGUCUUCAAGGUGUUUAUGGGAUGCUGACACAGACAACUAUGCAGAAGAUGUUUUCAUGAACGACAGCUUGUUCUGUUUGGUGGCAGUUUUCGGAAGCUAUUACUACUGAGGACGUAAGGAUGGAUGACAAAAAUCUUUCAGAUGGAAAGUUGUGAGGUGAGAUGGCUCACCUCCAGCACUUCAGGCCCAACGUAAGUUGAUCUGAAGUAACUGUAUGUAAUGCUGCAACAGGAGAUCAAGACAGAUCACUUUCAGUGUAGAAGUUAUUGAUAUCUGUAUUGAUACUGUAGUUAUUUUAAGAUGAAGGAUUUACUGACUUGGCAAGAUGAUUACUGAAGACUGAGGCCUCUUGGAAAAAUGAUCAAUUGUUUAGUUUGUUUGAAGUCUUAAAAGAUUGAAAAUGUCCCCCCCCCAAUAUUUCCAGGCACAUUUUUAUUGUGAAUUCAGCAGACCUGUUGUAUACUAUCUGAAUAUGAUGCAGCAAAGUGUGUUUUUGUAUACUUUGGGUGCUUGACUUAGCACAGCAGCUACAGUAGAGGGCAGUAUUUGUCUGUCCUUGUCAACAUUAUGACAGCUCAUUACUACUGGAAAAAAUGUAAUCAAGCCCUAGUUUGAGUUUGACACCAUGACUUUGUUAUCUCUCGAAGUGGACAUCUUAUUCAUCACAGAAAUAAUAUAAUUUGGCAUUUUGAAGACGAUAACAAUGUUUAGGAAAAAUGUUUCGAUAUCAAAUGUCCAACAUUGACUAUAAUUGUGAAAAAAAACCCUACCCACGAUUGUCAUAAACAUUUGUUCUUAACUGCACUGCAUUGUGUUGCAUUGAGUAUUUGUAGAUCUACUAUGGACGAAUCAAAUCAUAAUUGAAAAGAUUUUAAAAUGUCACACUGCUUACUUACACAUUUCUAGCCACACGUCAUUUUUUCGUUAUAAUAUAUAACAAUAAUAUGUGUUGGGUUAUAUUUUCUGGUCACCUAGAUCACCAAGAAUUCACAUUUUUUUUUCAAUUGGCCAUUAUAUUUCAACAUUCAUGAUGUGCUGGAGGACUUGUGCCUAGCAUGAAAAUGAGAACUGAUA